GGAACUCAAACCCUCCAUUUUAACCAAAUUUAAUAAACGUACUUCACGUCCGCGGCGGACUCCAAGACGCGCACUCACACACUCGACUCCAAUGCUCUCUCUCAACUAGCGGAGGAUCGAUUCGACCUUGUAUCGAUUCGCUUAUGCUGUGUUAGCUGCGCCAGGAUGCAGGUGUUGAGUUGAAUUGUCGAAGUAUCUUUUACUGUUUCGUGAGAUUGAGCCGCCGUAAAUCAGGAAUUCUUCCAAAGCUGGCUAUGGAUUAUGAGCCCUACGACAGCAGUGGAACCGAUGACGAUUUCCCUCCACCACAUCAAAAUAGAAUUUCAAGAGGAGGUCGCAUUUCAGGGAAUGGAAGGCCUGCUCCAAUGGCUUCCAUGCCGUAUCCCAGGAUGUACGAUGAGACUGAUAUGGAAGCUAAAAUUCACCAGCUUGAGCAAGAAGCAUACAGUUCGGUUCUAAGAGCGUUUAAAGCCCAAGCAGAUGCUAUUACAUGGGAGAAGGAAGGUUUGAUAACUGAGCUUAGGAAAGAGCUGAGAUUGUCAAAUGAAGAACACAGGGAUCUUCUAAGCAGAGUUAAUGCAGAUGAAACAAUUCGAAGAAUAAGGGAAUGGAGGCAGUCAGUUGGGCAUCAACCGGGCAUGCAUGGUGCAGGUCAACCUGUCCAUGAGCCCCUACCUAGUCCUUCCAUCUCAGCUUCUCGGAAAAAACAGAAGAUAGGCUCUUCAUUACCUACACAGUCUUUUGGUGGGCCAUCUUCUUUCCAUCCGCAAACAAUGGCUGCAGCAAACCAACCAUCUUCAUCUGCAGCAAAGCGAGGACCGAUGAUGGGUGCAAAAGGCAAAAAGCAUAAAUCACUGCCUUCAGGAACAUCCUCAAUGAAAAUGCAGUAUCCCCCUGGUCCGGCUGGGAGAGGUCAAUUUGGCAACCGCAUUGCUCCUCCUGGCCUUGGAACUGAACCUGUAGAAGGAGCUUCAUUUGAUCCAUUGAUUGGAAGGAAAGUAAGAACUAGGUGGCCUGAUGAUAAUAAUUUUUAUGAAGCUGUGAUAACUGAUUACAAUCCUGUUGAGGGUCGCCAUGCACUUGUUUAUGAUAUGGGCAGUGCUAAUGAAACAUGGGAAUGGGUCAACCUUUCUGAGAUUUCUCCGGAGGAUAUACAGUGGGUAGGUGAAGAUCCUGGAAUUUCUCACCAUGGAGGAUAUGGUGGACCAGGCCAUGGAACGAAUAGACCUCUCGGGCGGGACAAUGCUCCAGGUGCAGGAAGGGGAAGGGGGUUGACAAAAAGUCAAUCAAGAAAGGACUUUCCUCAAACGCAGAAUGGCAUUGGGAAGAAAGGGCCUGAUGACAUUCAGCUGCUUCACACCGAUACUCUAAUCAAAGAGGUUGAGAGGGUUUUUGGGGCUAAUAAUCCGGACCCUGCAGAGAUAGAUAAAGCGAAAAAAGUUCUAAAGGAGCAUGAGCUGGCACUCACUGAUGCUAUUGCAAGGCUUGGAGAUUUAUCUGAUGGUGAGAGUGAUGAGGGUGGGCGGUUUUCACAUGCGCAAGGAAUGGACAGAGAAUGAUGAAGGCAAUGGAUGACGGCAGGGGCAUUGUGCCCGGGCUGGGCUAAGGCUGAUUGGUAGGUUCUCUGAUUGUUAUCUUUAUGGUGAAGCCCAGAUUGUGGAAGUCUGUUGUAUAAUGUUAUAUACAUGCAUAUGUUUAUAUAUAUAUAUAUAUAGAUACAAGCGCGCGCAUGAUUUGAGUUGGAAUUGAGUAAUAUUGGGAUGAUUAGUGAAUUAGGGAUAGCAGGGUGGGGUUGCCCUUUGUUAGCCCUUUUAGCUUUCAGUUUAUAUAAUUAUGUUGCUGCAUUAACUUGUGCUCAUGUAAAUUACAUCUUUUGUCUUUUUUGAUCCAUGUUUGCUUACA